UCAGACUGAACCAGUUAGCUGCUUGCCGCGACGCCUCGUUUCGUCGCUACCCGUGUGCGUAUCUAAGACGUGUACCGUACUGUAUCUGACAUCGCGCACUACUACUCCUCACGAGCUCGUUUCUCUCGCUGCGUCCGCGGGAGGCCAGCCGAGAUCAGCUGGUUCUGAUGCGCUCCUUAUACAGUAGAACCUAAUUCUAGCGGCUUCAGUGCACUGUAGGCCUUACACCGUUAUACCACGCGAGGCUGUUAUCGCGGAUGGACUCUCCACAGCCAUUUAAGUUAGUAGCUUUAGGUCUCGAACGGAUACUAAGUUCCUCUUCAGGCCCAGGCUCUACUAGAAGCAUGCGACGACCCACGCCUUCUCGAGGACGCACUUCAUUCGCGCUAUUAGGAUCGUCCACACAGCGUCCUCCACGUGUCCCAGUUCAACCUUCAACCACUCAUAAUCCUCCACGUGUGCUAGGCCCCUCGCUGUUAUUCAGUCGACGCCCCUUCCGCUCCUCGCUCUUCCUCCUCCUCGCAUUUCUUCUCAGCACCCGUUUCGUCGCCUGCUCCGUCGCCAAACCUCUUCGCGAUCCUUUUCGCGAGCCUUUUCGCGAGCCAGGCCGCCGGCGCCUGGCAGAGGACGGCCUCAGCGGUCUUCACGAGAAGCUCGGCGCGCUGUGGGACAUGGCCAGCCGCGUCUCGCUUAACGGGACUGUCAUUAUCGCGUCCUCAAAUGCAGGCUACGAGGACAUGUUGGAGAACUGGGUGUUGCAUCUGGAGCGGGUGGGUCUGGGGCGCCACUUCAUAGUCUUUGCGGCAGACAACAAGAGCCUCCACUUCGCCCAGUCCAAAUGGCCCGGCCAGGCCAUCCAUCUGGACUUGAGUGGGCAGUUUGGGGAGGAAGAGAAAGCGGACGUGGAGGGUGCAUCACGCAUCGGGUCGGCGGCCUUUCACCGCGUGGCGUCGCACCGGGCCGUGUACAUCCACCACCUGCUGGCCUUCGGCUUCUCUGUGCUCUACAGCGACAUCGACAUCGCCUUCCUCCACAACCCCCUCCCCUUCUUCCAAAAGCCACACUCCCUCCCCUUCUUCCAAAAGCCACACUCCCCACCUGCUGCGGCUGCUGCUGAAUCCUCCUUCCAGCCCAGCGGCAGCAGCGGCAGCGGCAGCAGGGGCAGUAGCAGCGACUUUAACAUAGGAAAUUCCACUCCUGGCGAUGGCGGUACGGACGCUACUGGCGACUUUGACAUGUUUCUCACGCACGACCACUACAUACAGCAGCCGUCGCCCUACACGGAGCCAAUUUCCCCCUCCCAUCUGAACGGGCAGCCGCUCUUCUGCAGCGGCUUCCUCUUCUUCCGCCCCACCGCCGCCACCAAGUCCCUCGUGGGCAACUGGGCGUUUCGGAUGGCCAAGUUGGGCCGGCAGGCGGGGUUGGACCAGGACCACUUGAACUCUGUCAUGCAGUGGAUGUUCCAGGGACGGGUUCUGCCUCGGCUGGGCGUGCUGCCGCCGCUGCAGUUCCCCUCGGGGGAGCUGAUGCAGCGGCACUGGGAGGUGUUUGAGGAGGUGCGGCCGAGAGUGGUGAUGGUGCAUGCGAAUUAUUUGACGGGGAAGGAGGCGAAGAUCGCGGGGCUGAAACGGGCGGGAGUGUGGCGGGUGAAAGAGGAGGGGAAUGCGACCACCGCUGCUGCUGCUGCUGCUGCUGGUGCGGGGCGGGUGGAGGGGCAACGGUCGGGGGUAGGUGAGAAGGAGAAGGCAGAGGAGGGGAAGGUGGGGAGGAAUGAAGAAGCGGGGGAAAAAGAGGGGGAGGAAGAGGAGGAGGAGGAGGAGGAGGAGGAGCCAGUGGAGGGGGCGACGCGGAUUAUGGGGGCUGCUGGCAUGGUGGUCGUGACUGCUGCCUGCGAGGGCCACGACGCGCUCUUCCACAACUGGUACACGCACAUGGGCCGCGUCCCCUCCCUCGGCAGCAUCGUCCUCGCCUCCGUGCCUCUUCAGAUGCGCACACCAGGCGGCCAUACGGUUGAUCGCCCCAAGGAGAGCAUCUCGCCCCGCGUGGCCAGAGCCACGUGCCUGCUGCUGCCGCCGCUCAUCAUCGCUCGCCUGCUGGCCGCCAAUGUCACCGUUGUAUACAGCGACGUCAGUUCUAUGUGGCUACGUGACGCGCGACCCUACUUCCCCCCAGCCUUCUCCCUCGUCCUGCCGUCCCUCACCGACCAAGACCCGCCGCCACAGCAGCCAGAGGGGCCAGGGGAACGAGGGCUGCAGGGGGCACAGGGUGCAGCAGAGAACGGGUCAGCUGUUACGGAGCAGAGAGGAGGGGAAGGAAGGCAGCAGAAAUCGAUGACCCCUGCACCCCCCACCAACACCACCACUACCUCCCUCACCCCGUCCCUCCUGGGGUCCCUCUCUCCCUGGCUCAUGGCGCUCCGCCCCUCCCCUGCUGUGCUAGCCAUGGUGCGGGAUUGGGCGGUUAGGGCUUUAAGGGGAUACCAGAAGGGGGCGGCAGCAGCGGCCGGGGGUGGUUCGGGUGUGGUUUCUGGUUCGGAGGUUCUCAAGACGGCUCUCAACCAGGCUGUGGCUGAGAUGGGGGGUUGUUUCCACCCGGAUGGCGAACGGUGGGGGAUAGGGCAUGGUUGGAGGCGCAUAGGAGGGAGUUGGUAGCAGUGCAGGUGAGCUGUGGGGAAGACAGCAAGCAGCAGGAGGUUUGCCUUCGAGACAUGAAGCUAUGGCUGUGAUGACAAGUUUUGAGAUGAGAAGGAUAGUUUAUGGUAUGGCAAAGGGGGUGUGGCUGGAGGUGCAUACGGGGGGACUACCGUAGAUGCAUAGGCGCUAAGGAUGGUGUAUGAGACUACCGGUAGUGGUGGGGACUUGCCGGUAGUAGUGGCACUAGAGGUUGGCUGUGGGAGGGCAGCAAGCAGCAUGAGUUUUACCUUGGAGACAUGACGCUAUGGUCAUGAUGGCAAGUGCUUGGGUUGGAUGGCUGGUUACCAACUUACCACAUGGCAAAGUGGCUGGAAAGAAGUCGGUUGCAGAAUGCAAGCUGCUGGCACAAAGACACGAGCGCCUCCUUGCAACCAUCCUGCACUGGCACGGAGCCAUGUAGCCUCCUCUCCACACACACAUUCUCGCGUGGGGUUGGGGUUAUUUCACAACGACCUCCUUGCAUUACCACUCUGUGUCCCAUCCCAUCCAAACACCACAUAAAAUGCUCGCUAGCAUGCCAUUGUUGCCGCCAUGGGUGUGUGACAAGCCAUGGGUGUGUGAUAGGACAUGGGUGUGUGACAGGCCAUGAGUGUGUGAUAGGACAUGGGUUUGUUACAGGACAUGGGUGUGUAACAGGCCAUGGGUGUGUGACAGGCAAUGGGUGUGUGACACGACGUGGGUAUGUGAUAGGCCAUGGGUGUGUUAAAUGUCAUGGGUGUGUGACAGGCCAUGGGUGUGUGACAGGUCAUGGGUGUGUGAUAGGACAUGGGUGUGUGACAGGCCAUGGGUGUGUGACAGGCCAUGGGUGUGUGACAGGAAAUGGGCCAUGGGUGUGUGACAAGCCAUGGGUGUGUGAUAGGACAUGGGUGUGUGACAGGCCAUGAGUGUGUGAUAGGACAUGGGUUUGUUACAGGACAUGGGUGUGUAACAGGCCAUGGGUGUGUGACAGGCAAUGGGUGUGUGACACGACGUGGGUAUGUGAUAGGCCAUGGGUGUGUUAAAUGUCAUGGGUGUGUGACAGGCCAUGGGUGUGUGACAGGUCAUGGGUGUGUGAUAGGACAUGGGUGUGUGACAGGCCAUGGGUGUGUGACAGGCCAUGGGUGUGUGACAGGAAAUGGGUGUGUGA